CUGCCUCUGGCGGAAGCGGCGCUGGCGGCAGCGGCCGUGACGGCGCAAGAUGGCGGCGCCCGGCCUCCUGCGCGGGGGCUGGCGGCGGUUGCUCGCUGGGCUCCUCGGGAACGGCUGGGCCUCGCCACCGGCCCGAGGCCUCCGCGAAGUCGUUGAGACGACUGAAGGCAACACGACCACAAUUGAAGGGAGAAUUUUAGAGGAUCCUGAAACACCAACUCCUCCAAACCCCUCUGGCCAGUGUCCUAUCUGUCGCUGGAAUCUGAAGCAUAAGUACGACUAUGUGGAUGUCUUGCUGCUGAGUCAGUUUAUCCGUUCUGAUGGAGGGAUGCUGCCACGAAGGAUCACAGGUCUCUGCCUGGAGGAGCACAAGAAGAUUGCUGUCUGUGUGCAGAUGGCUCACCGUGCAGGUUUGUUGCCAAACCACAGGCCUCCACUUCCUGAAGGGCAUAUCCCCAAGAAACCAGUGCUCAACAGGUAUCUGACUCGCUGGUCCGUCAGAUCUGCAAAGCCCAUCUGGAAGAGAGGCCCUAAGUGGUGCAAAAAACCCAUGCCAGUUGGACACCCUUUGCUGAAGGAUAACGUCAGAUAUACACAGAAGCCUCUCGUUUUAAAUCACUAGUGGCCAGAGCUGGCAUGGUCAGUAAAAACAGUGGUUUCACAGUG